CAUAACUGAACGACUUAGGAAGCAGUUUUCCAUUCUGAAACCAUGGUUAAGAAAGUUGCAGUGAUUGGUGCUGGCUGCAGUGGAUUAACUGCCAUUAAAUGCUGCCUAGAUGAAGGUCUGGAGCCCACUUGCUUUGAAAGGUCUGAAGAUAUUGGAGGACUCUGGAGAUAUAAGGAUGUCCCAGAAGAGGGCAGAGCCAGUAUUUACCAAUCUGUCAUCAUCAAUACAUCUAAGGAGAUGAUGUGUUACAGUGAUUACCCUAUUCCUGAUGACCUCCCGAAUUAUAUGCAUAAUUCCAAAUUGCUACAGUAUUUCCGUCAAUAUGCUGAACAAUUUCACCUCCUGAAAUAUAUCCAGCUAAAGACUGCUGUUUGCAGCAUUAAGAAACAUCCAGAUUUUCUCACCACUGGUCAGUGGGAUGUUGUCACAGAGACUGAAGGAAAGCAGCAGACUCAUGUCUUUGAUGCUAUACUCGUCUGUACUGGCCAUCACUCAACUGCAAGUCUACCACUUCACACUUUUCCAGGCAUUGACAAGUUCAAAGGCACGUAUUUCCACAGUCGUGACUACAAAUCAGCAGAACCUUUCAGGAACAAAAGAGUAAUAGUGGUUGGUAUUGGAAACACAGCAGUGGACCUGGUGGUGGAGCUUAGUGCUGUGGCUAAACAGGUUUUUCUAAGCACCAGGAGAGGAGCAUGGCUACUAAACCGUGUAUGCGAUCAGGGCUAUCCAUUGGAUAUAGUCCUCUUCACUCGUUUCUACAGCAUAAUUCAACUUGCAUUUCCGACUCUGGCAAACAACUAUUUGGAGCAUAAAGUCAAUUCCAGGGUUGACCAUGCCAAUUUUGGUCUAAAACCACAGCACAGGAUCCUCAGCCAACAUCCUACAAUUAGUGAUGAUCUCCCCAAUCGCAUUAUCUCUGGCAAAGUUCUUAUGAAGACUAAUAUAAAACAGUUUACAGAGACCGAUGCCAUAUUUGAAGAUGGCACAGUUGAGAAAGACAUUGACGUUGUCAUUUUUGCCACAGGAUAUCGUGUAUCAUUUCCCUACUUUGAUGAUUCUAUUCUAAAGGUGGAAAAUAAUGAAGUGCCCUUAUAUAAAAGGGUAUUUCCUCCACAUCUGGAAAAACAUACGCUAGCUUGCAUUGGCUAUGUCCAACCUCUUGGUGCUAUAAUGCCAAUUUCUGAGAUGCAAACGCGCUGGGCAACAAGAGUCUUUAAAGGUCUGAGUCAGUUACCAUCCAUGCAUGACAUGAAGAUGGAAAUAAACAAGACAAAAGAAGAGAAUCAGAAAAGGUAUGUCAAAAGUGAUCGUCAUACCAUACAAGUGGAUUAUGUGCCAUACAUGGAUGAACUCGCAGAGGAGAUAGGCUGCAAACCUAAUUUAAUGAAGAUAUUCCUGUCAGAUCCUAAGCUGGCCUGGGAUAUGUUAUUUGGCCCAUGCUCACCUUUCCAGUACCGCCUGUGUGGACCAGGGCAGUGGAGGGGUGCCAGGAAAGCAAUUUUAACUCAUCACGAUCGUAUCGUCAAGCCCACAAAGACCCGUGUCCUGAAUAAUGACUCUGCUCACAGUUUCUUCCCUUUUGCUCUGAAGCUCAUUGGCAUACUGAUUCUUUUUGCUGCCAUAUAUUUCUCUGUGUAAAUUGGCUAACAAAUACAGAGAGAUGAAACUUUUAGAGCAGCAUAGAUAUAGAGAAAUGCUUUCAUUAAUCAGUGAUAUGUGUUCCCCAUUAUUUACUUGAAAUUGGAUAAAUGCUAAUGCAAGUCAUUGUACUUAAAGUGAGUUGUAAACAAACUUUAAGUACUAGCAAUUAACUAUGAAAUAGAAGUUUAUAGAAGGAAUCCACAGUGUCCUUGUUUGAUCAUAAUACAAAUAGGUUGCAACCUAUUGCAACUAGUUAGAUGUUAUCUUUCAUUUUUCAGUCCGGAAAUAUAGCUAGAUUCUGAUUGAUUAGCUGUUAUAGGUCACUGACUCACAGGGGUAUAUUUACUAAGGUGCAGGUUUUUAGAAGUGGAGAUGUUGGCCAUAGCAACCAAUCAUAUUCUAGCUAUUAUCUUCUAGAAGGUGCUAGAUAAAUGAUAAAUAGAAUCUGGUUGGUUGCUAUGGGCAACAUCUCCACUUCUAAAAUCCCACACAUUAGUAAAUAUACCCCACAGUGUGUUUUUAUACAUUGUACUAAACUAUGUCGUAAAGAAGCCCAAGGAGGCUUCCUGUAUUCUAAACAUAUCAUACAUUAUACAGUAUAUAAUAGUGCUAAGGGGAGUACUCAAUUGCUAAAUGCCUGAGAAAAAUUCUCUCAGCCCUAGAACAGAUGCAAAGUCAGGGAAAAUCCUUAUUCUAAAGUUAAAAAUGUCGGGACUAGGAUCAGAAUUCCUUGGAAACCCCCCCCCCCCCCCCCCUUCAUAAUGAGUAACUAGGAAAAUGGAAGUUUCAAUGAGCAUAAUUGGGCCAAUAAUUACAUGACAUUACUGUGGUUAGAAAAUUUUCUCAAAUUACCUAAAAAUCACUUUUUAUGAACUCUUCAGUUUUUUUUGUGUUUGUAUGUCAAUGGAAAAGGUUUAAUUUUUAUAAUUUUUUUUUUCAUAUUUUCAAAAAAAUUUACAAAUCAGCCCUAAGCAGCAUUUUCAAAGCACAAAAUAUGUUUAAUUAGGACAGUAAUAGGCAUAUAUUCUAUUAGGCAAUAUUCUAUUUAUUUGUAUGGUUUGGUGGUACAGGCUGAUCUACAAUUUUUUAUGUGUGUUUAUGUGAGAAAAAUGAAAGAUGCACCUAUUUGGCAAUGUUUAGUUUGUAUGUUCACUGCAUACAGCUGCAUCUUGAGUUGUACAUUUAAUAUUAAAAUUAUUUUGGCAAAUAUGGAAUUUGACCCUCUUGGAAGUUAUGAGCAAGCUAAACAGUGCAAAUAUGUACAUACAAUAGAUUGAUGGGGCAAGUUGAGUGGUAAGAGGAAGAGUUGGUGUGAUGACCCUGUCUUCUGUGGCAGUAAAAAUAGAAGAGAAGGUGGACAUGGUAUUAGGGUGACCAAUCCCGGGAUCAGGAUCAGCAGGAUCCCGAGAUUUAGGCCUAAAAUUGGCCGGGAUUGAGUCCCGGGAUUGGAGCUUCCAAUCCCGGGGAUUUCGGGAUUAGAAAGCCCCUUGCUUUUUCAAUGCCGGGAGGCGUUAAGUGUCCUCAGUAGGCUCAGACACUGCCCAGCUCCCUUCUCCCAGCUCCCCUUACCCCUGGCUGUUUGUAUUGUGCAGCGUGAUGUGAAGUCAGAAGUCACGCUGCGCAGUCUGACGCCAGCUGCCUGAGCUGCCCGGAACCACACCUUGCCACCCACAGUCUGCAGCAAGUGAACCCGCCCGCACUCUGAGGAUGGUGAGUAGUAUGUGGGCUGGGCGGGUCUGGGAAGAAGGAAGGGGGGGGGGUCACUGAAGAUUUAAAUUUUAAAAUUUUCAACCAAAUCCCGGUUAUCUCGGGAACCCCAGGGUUGAUAAUAUUUCAAUCCCGAUACCCGGGAUUGAAAAAAAGGCCCGGGAUUGGCCUACCUACGUGGUAUGACAGAUCUUGCAAGAGUCGACUUCUGGGCAGGUGGUGUAGAUACGGUGUGUGUGGCACACAAAUACUUAGCAGCGUCAGCUGUUGCCCCUGGGCUGCAGGGGGAGCUGGCCAGGACAUAUGAACAUACAUGUGAAGUUGUAAGUAACAUAUGUCCAGUCUUCUUUCCCUGGGAAGAAGCAGCCACCACAGCAUGGAACAUAUUGCUCAGGCUGUCAAUCAUUUAGCCCGCCUCCGGACUCCAAUUGGCUUAUUUCACAGGCGUCUGAGGGCGGGCUAGAUGACGAUUGACAGGCUGAGCAGUGUUUUCCAUGCUGCGGUGGCUGCCGAUUCCCAGGGAAGGAGCCAGGACAUAUGUUACAUAUAACUUCACAUGUAUGUUUAUAUGUCUUGUCCAGCUCCUCGCCUGCACACUUUGGACACCACUGUACCCCAUGAGCAGCAGCCGCCGCUGCUGAACAGUUUAUCACUGAAUUGUAGAGGUGAGCUUGGACAUGAAACACACGGGUUUCACAGUAACAGAUACCGGUGUGUUAAUGUAAAUCUCUUCCCACAUUUUACAUUUUUCUUUCCCAGCAGCACAACAUGGUUUAGUCAAGUUCUGAAAUGCCGCCAACAGUCUGGAUGUAAUUCCAGCUUUAAAUUUGGCUCUUUAUAUGGUAAUUGUCUACAGUAGUAGUUACACUCCACUCUGCCUGGACAAUUCUAGAACACCAGACAGCACACAGCUUUCUCUCAACUUUAUAAGGACACCUGAACAUUUGUGAGACCUCACAUUACUGCAGUCACAUUUUGUGCCUGGCUGUCACAUUCCAUCACAUUAUAUUUUUGGAAGCACAUUUCUUCCCCUGAGUGUUGCACAAUUAUCCACUUUUAAUCAUUUCACAGUCGUGUUAAACUAAAUUCUGCAUUGUUCUGCUUCGAGGUUGCUGAUGACUGAUUCAUUUGUUGUAUGUAGUGGUUGCAGGUUAUAUAAUAAGGUAUAUACUGUAGUGCUAACAGAUGCUUAAAACAAAGUGUACAACGUGUGUGCUUUGUUUAAAAGGUAACUACAAUGUUCAUAAAGUAUACUGUACUACUGCUUUACCUGAGAUUAUAAAUGCUCUUUACCUGAAUAAAACAUUUUGUUGCAAAGUA